UCCUAUCCGUCACUAAGCUGCACUGUGAUACAAAAUUUAGGGUUCUACUGCACAGGGAAAACCCAGUGAAUUACCCCAUGGAUCCUCCGAUUCAGAACAAGCGCAAACGCGAUGACUCCUCGGACUCCCCACCGCCGGCCUCCUUCGCGAACGGUGGCGUCGAUCUCUCCCUUCUCGAAGCCCUGGAGAAAGCUCAACAUACCCCCGUCGAAACCCUCGAUCUUAAAACCGUAAAAAAGCUAGCCCUCUCCUUCGAGCGCCGUCUGAACGCCAACACGGCCGCCCGCCUCAAGUACCCUGACCAGCCCGAUAAAUUCGCCGACUCGGAGAUGGAGCUCCACGACGAGCUCCAGAAGCUCAAGAUCCUUGCUGGCGCCCCGGAGCUCUAUCCGGACCUUGUCAGCCUAGGCACUGUCAAUUCAAUCACCGGUCUACUCAACCACGACAACAGUGAUAUUGCUAUCGAUGCGGUCACACUUUUACAGGACCUUACCGAUGCUGACGUCAUUGAGGACAACGAUGAGCCCGCGCAGGUCCUUGUUGAUGCACUUAUCGAGAACAAUGCGGUUGAAUUGCUGGUUCAGAACCUCGCGCGGUUAAAUGAUUCCGAUCAGGACGAAUCCGCUGCCAUUUAUAAUACCUUGUCUACAAUUGAGAACCUCAUUGAGGUCAAGCCCUCGGUGUCCGAGCUUGUCUGCGAGAAGACCAAAUUGUUGAAAUGGCUCCAGGCUCGUAUCAAAGUACGUGAAUUUGAUAGUAACAAACAGUACGCGUCAGAGAUUCUAGCUAUUCUGUUACAGAACAGCACUGCGAAUCAGAAGAGAUUUGGACAGAUGAAUGGGGUGGACACGUUGUUGCAGGCUGUAGCGAUGUACAAGUCUAGGGACCCUAAGACAGGUGACGAGGAGGAGAUGGUUGAGAAUUUUUUUGAUUGUUUGUGUUGUUUGCUAAUGCCGUUGGAGAAUAAGGAGAGGUUUGUGAAAGCAGAAGGAGUGGAGUUGAUGAUCAUUAUUAUGAAUCAAAAGAAAUCUUGUUACGGGUCGGCCAUCAGGGCAUUGGAUUUUGCCAUGACGAAUUAUCCACCUGCAUGCGAGCGGUUUGUUGAUGUCAUGGGGUUGAAGACUGCAUUUCCUGCUUUCAUGGGUAAGAUACCUUUGAGCAAGAAAAACAAGAAGCGCAACAGGGAGGAAUUCGAAGAGCGACUUAUAUCAUUAAUUGCAUCCUUGCUUGGUAAGAAGGGAAAUCCCUUGCAGAACUAUUGACAUAGUUGAUAAAAAUACGCUGUGUAACUGUA